CGCACUUUUGAUAGCCACUUGUCAAAGGCGAACUGAAAUUCUACGGCGAUGGCUAUUGCCGACAGCUCCAAACUUCUGUUGAUUAGAAUGACUUUAUUUUCAAUCUACGUCCUACUUGGUGCAUUUAUUUUUCAAGCUAUUGAAAGCGAACGUCAGAUGAAAGAAAUAGAUCGAGUUCGCGCCACGCGAAUGGAAAUUUUGAACAGGUAUAACAUUACUGCGGAAGACGCUGAAAAAUGGAUGAAAACGUUCGCCUCUACGUCGAUGGGAAAUGAGGAUUUUCUGCACUGGAAUUACGGAAAUUCUUUUCUAUUUGCAAUGGUCGUGGUUACAACUAUAGGUAAGAUUUUUAUAGUUUCGAAUUUCAGCUCAAUUUAAAUGCAAAAAUUAUAACGCAUUUUACCAAAUUGUGUUUGAAAAGAAAAGUUAAAUGUAGUUGCCUUUCUUUAAAGGUCUGAAAAAUGUUUGUAUAUGACUUCAGCUAUUGUAGCUGUAAAAAAGGACAUUUUUGACUUGUUUUGAAUUCGUACUGAAUUCAGUUUAAUCUGUUCUUGAAAUUGCACGCUCCCUUUUGAAAUUAAUCGUUCGUACUUCAGUUCCAACAAAAUCUUAUAUGGGGAGGUUCCGCCCUGAGCUCCAACCCUUACCCUUUUAUAUGCCAUUUUUGAUAGAAAAAGUACCCCUUUCGUAAACCUUCCAUUGAAAAAAUUACCCCUAUAACAAACCUACUUAAUAAAAAAUUCCCUAAAACAAAAAGUCUUCUUGUCGUUAUCGCGAAACGUUUUAUAAGUUAAAAUGAUUGAGGCAUAAGGCGCAUCUUUGCGAAACAUUUCAAGGCGGAAUCCACCAGAACAUUGAGUAAAUUUGAUUUUCAGUGGACAAAAAUCUUGCACCAGAAUAAUUUAAAGCAUAUUGCAUUGUUUCUUACAUUUUUCAAGGGCUAAAGAUUUAAUAAAUCAUCUGUAGUAACACCAAAAAAAAUUUCUUAUGGGAGUCCGAGAAAAUGAUUGUCAAAUUUCACAAAAUUACAUCUUACACAUAAAAUUUUCAGAAUUUUACCUGUAUAGUACAAUCACAAUUCUUGUGAAAUAUUCAUUAAAUUAUUUUGAUACAAGCGCGAGAUUUUCGUCCACUGAAAAUUAAAAUUACUCAAUGUUCUGGUGGAUUCCGUCUUAAUUAAAGGCCCUUUUAAGGUGGCUCGAUAGGGUGUUUCGGGUCAAUACCUCCCACGUUUUAGUGUAAACUACGUCGUCAUAAACAGAGACAUUUGUAUUAGAUCUCUCUUGAAUAGAUAAAGAAGAAAAUUUGUUAUGAUCAGGGUGGAAUGACAUCGGAGUUGUCAUAGCAACGAAAUGACGCAAUUACUCAUUGGUGACGUAGUUUAUGCCCAAACUUGGGAGGUAUUAACCCUGAAAAACCCUAUCGGGCAACCUCAAAUACUUGAAUAAAAGAUUUCCCCACCUUUUCAUAUUCCUGCUUUACACGUGACGUCACGGCGGCCAUGUUGGUGGUCAAGAACAAGAGCAUUACUCUCCUCUGGGAACAAAAUUCUAUUUUCAUGUAAAUUCUUCCAGAAAAAAUUCUAUUGUAUUGACCCUCAACAUGACCGCCCUAUCACGUGGUUGCAAACAAAGAAUACUUCAACUCGUGAAUUCCCCACUCUUUGAUAUAUAACCUUAAGUCUAAGAAAGCCCUGUCGGUCGGAGUAUCCCCUUAUAGAUAGAGAGUGGCCCCCGGGUUUCAGUUGUACUGAGAAAAAUAAUUGUACCUGAGAGAGUGAAUUAUAGAGCUUAAUUUUUCUUUCAUACUUUCCACUUUUAUUUGCACACAUUUUAAAAGAAAAUCACCAAAUCUGAGCAGACUUUGAACUGAUAAAAAAAAAUGUACAUUAAGUGGUUCACACUGAAUUUUCGUUUGGUUAAAAAAAGAAAAACUAAAACCAUAUCAUACAUUUUCGAUUUGGAGAGGGUAACAACGUUAUAAUUGUUAUGUGUAUUUUUGUUGUUCUUUUAAUAUAUAAAUAAAAUGAUCCCGACAGGGUUAUCACAAUACUGGUAAAAAAAGUGAAAAUGACAGCCUUUAAUAGCGUUUUCUUUGGUAAAUUAAUCUCGUUUAAUGGCCGUCAACAUGCGUACAGCAAGAAACAUACAAAUACGUUUGAAUACAUCUUAAUCAAUUUUGCGAAGCCGAUUAUUUAGGAACACAACGCUAGGGCCCUCUUUCACUUUACUUUCCCUUAAGACAGGCUCCUAUACUGCCAUUUUUACAUUAAUUCCUUGAGCCGCGCCUUGAAGCCUUAGGAUAGCUACAAUCAUGCCUUCUUGCACUUUAGUAGCUUUAAGUUGAUUAGAGCAAAUACAUCGAGAAGACAUUAUGCGAGGGAAAACUCCUUCAAGUAAUUUCAGUUGGCCUUGGCGUUGCCCCUUAUUGGUUAAAAAAAGUGGCGGGAACUUUUUUGGCAAUGCACCGCGAGGUGACCUGAAGGAAAAGUAAUCACAGAUUUUUUUCUUAUCUUACAACUGUUAUGAUCCUCCUUGGUUGUGACUUAUACAAAAAUGAAUUUUUUUGCAGGCUACGGUAACAUUGUCCCAAAAACAGUUCAAGGACGUCUGUUUUGCGUGCUAUACGCACUGAUCGGAAUCCCUGGGACAUGCUUGACUCUAAAAUCCAUCGGAGAUAAAAUAACGGAACUAUUUACAAAAUUAAUUACAAACUUUGAGAAACGCGUAUUGAAAAGAUCACAUCAGGCUCAAAAAGUGGAACUAAAAGUUGCGAUGACAACGAUUGUGGUAACUGUACUUUGUCUAUUACCAUUAAUGGCUCUCUUGGUUCACGUGAGACACAAUGAAUGGUCAUAUAUCGAAUGUUUUUACUUUACUUUCACGACUUUGAGUACAAUUGGUUUUGGCGAUUACUUGCCGCAAUUUAAGAACAACGCUGAUUAUUCACUUGUACUCCUGGCGUUUGUGGGUCUCGCUUUCGUAUCGAGCAUAUUUUGCUCAAUGAACAAUGUGCUUGAGCAGUAUGGGCCGAGUGCUCGCGUUGUGCGGUCACUUCGCGAGAAGAGCGCAAAGAAGUCUUCAGAAGAAAAAUCAAGUAAUUACAAUGGACAAUUACCCUGUAACGGGAACGAAAUAAUGACGGAAGCAUGUAGUGAUGGCAAAAAAGGCGAUUUGAACAACAGCCUUCUAAAGACAGGCGACAGUACCAAGCAGGAUGAUGUGCCAAUUUCCGGUUCAGGAAGAAACAGUUUUACGGAAGAAACAACUAUGAAAAGCAAGAAGCGUGAAAGCUCGAUCAGCCUUGGAAUAUUUACUUGCUAA